AUGACCAAAGGUACCACAUCGAUGGGGCAGCGCCAUGGGCGCACGCACAUCCUUUGCCGCCGCUGUGGCCGCAACGCUUACCACGUGCAGUGGGAGCGGUGUGCUGCUUGCGCCUACCCGCGUGCUCAGCGCCGGCGCUACAACUGGUCAGUGAAGGCCAUCAAGCGACGCCGCACUGGCACAGGCCGCUGUCGCUACUUGAAGGUUGUCCACCGCAGGAUUAGGAACCACUUCAAGACCGACAUCAAGGCGUAG